AUGCAAAUAUUGAAAAUAGAGCUUUUAGAUGCACAUCUUUUGUGUGGUCUUGCCUCAACGAACUGCAACGAGCAUCGUCUGUUCCUUGGAUCUCGUCUUGAUUGCAAAUAUGUCACUGGAAAGACAAACCGCUCGCUUCGUCACUUUAUCGCCCAACCCCGUUUCCUUAAGCUAGGGAUCGAAGCUGAGAAGAUUAUCACAAUUGCAGCUACCAGUCCAAAUUCUAUUAUUGCAUUAACCGAGCUGUGUUCGCUUUACCUCAUCAAGAUCGAAUUUGACUUCAAUGGGCAAGAGCUCAAUUGGACUAUUUCUGAGAAACUCGUUAUCACUGAAAAAAUAAAAUGUGUACCAAAAGAAGCAGAAAUGAUUUUCUCGACGAAUGGCGAAUCUAAUACAUUGGUAGUCUACUCCCAGGAAUCUUCAACUUUAAAUACAAUAUCUUUCUCCACUGAUUAUGAAAAUCUAAGUGGUACAGUCAGCCAAAUAACCGUUCCUCAUAACUUUCGGUUACGGCGGGUUGAAUUUGUUGGCUCUUAUUACUUUGUUAUGACGUUGGAGGAGUGUUCCUCUCAUAAGCCAGCUUUUCAGUUUGUUAGCUUCUUUACUUCCGGUGAGGGCACACACGAGUUCGUGCAGCAUGAAGUGCUACCGCUAAAAAAGGUUCCAGUUGCUUCUUACUUUAACACUGAGACCGAAGAGCAUGUUAUUGUUUGCGUAAACAUGGCGAGUUGGAGUCCCAUUUUAGAGCAGGAUCUGAAUACUGAUUUAUUGGUACAGAGCAAAUUUACUUUUCUCAACGGCCCGUAUUCCUCAAAAGCUGUAACCGCGGCAAUUUGGAAACCUUUUCACACUGCUCGUGGUACUGAUCAAGUUUUGACGAGUUUCGAAUAUGCUGAGGAUGACAUAAACGCCAUUCAAAGUUUAAUAGCUCCCAAAGACACUAAUCCUGCUUCUUCAUUGCGACUUUUUUAUGCUCUUCUCAAUUCAACUGUAAAGGGCAGCUCCGAGGUUGCAGUCUUCUGUGUGGAUACACUAGGAUACAUUCACAAUCGUCUGGUAAAGCAGUUUCAUAACGCGACGCAAGGGCUUCAACAGCUGCUUUCUACCCGUCAUCCGAUUAAACAUCCUUUUCUGCUCUCUUGGAAUCCUCGUCACCUUCGUCGUGCACUUCGUUUACUCGGCCAAGAACAAGUAGAUGCAUUGUUUCAUGAUAUAGCAGAAGUUAUGCGUAGUUCUGUAUCAGGGUCUAUUUUUGAAGCGUCACGAUAUGGUGAAAUAUCAACCGCAGGAUGCAGUAUUGCAAUGCAUAUUAUCACACUCUCUAAGCAAAUGGGUGUGGUUCUUGAUCCCAAAGACACGGAAAUUUUGGCAGCCUUGUUUCGGUCCUCUCGUGAGAUUAGCCACGAGUGUCUUGCUUAUUUAUCUCGCAUGAAACUUAUCCUUGAAAGCUGUAUCCAACAGCGGCGGAUAAAUAACCUCCUUUACAUUGGACAGGGGAGAAUUACUGAAAUUCCGGAAAAUGAGGAGGCUAAUUCUGCACAGGGUGCAGAGUUUUUCCCUGUUUCCAACUAUUUUCACUCGAACCAAGCACUUCAGACGAAGUACGACAUGAACUCGUGGGCAGAUAUUUUGCAGACGCAUAUGUCGCAUCACAUUCAGGUAGCGGAGUCUGCAAUGCAGUAUAUCACGGAUGCGUACGAUUUCAACUUAACUAGCAAGGAUAAAGUUCUAAGUGAUUGGCAGUUUUUAGGACGAGAACCAAAUUUAGAUUCAACCUUCAAUCGAUUUGAGUCUACCCUUAUGGGAACUGCUUUUCAGGAGAAAAGGGAAUGA